UGGCGAUGUGCAAUAAUUACAAGUUGCAAAAACCAAGAAAAGAAGAUCUUUGCGCAGAGCUGCUUUUAAAGAUGGCGUCCAGUCAAACGAGUUCUCUGUUAUCACCUGUAAAACUAUGACUUGAAGAAAAGAUACAUCCAAAAGCUAUAUUAUAAAACAGAAGACAUUCCAAGAAUAUCGGACUAGCCUGUCUUGGCAUCUGUGAGUUAAAAUGCCUUCUCCUAAAGCGCGGAGCAGCGGCAGUGGUCCGUGUCCCGGUGGAAACGGGCGCUAUGAGUUCCUCUCUCUGAGCCGGGCUCCCGCGCCGCAGCUGCUGCAGAGACAAGGCUCCGACCCCACCACAGCCCGGCUCCGAGCCUCCGAGAGCCCCAGCGGAAGACGCGGCUCGGGGUCGUCCACCUCCUCCACCGGCGGGCAGCAGUUACCGGAGGAAGACUGUAUGAGACUAAACCCGUCUUUCGUCGGCAUCGCGCUCCGCUCUCUGCUGGCCAUCGACCUGUGGCUGUCAAAGCGGCUCGGGGUGUGCGCCUGUGAGGACUCGUCCUGGGGCAGCAUGCGACCCCUCAUGAAGCUCGUCGAGAUCUCCGGACACGGGAUCCCGUGGCUGGCCGGUGCCGCCUACUGUCUGUACAAAAGCGACAGCGCCGCCGGUCAGGAGGUCAUGCUGAACCUGCUCACGGCCUUGGUUCUGGACCUGGUCCUGGUCGGCGUGAUGAAGGCUGUAGUGCGGCGGCGACGUCCCGCUCAUAACCGUAUGGACAUGUUUGCCACAUUCUCUGUGGAUGGCUAUUCCUUCCCAUCAGGCCAUGCCACACGUGCUGCAAUGUGCGCCCGCUUUCUAUUGGCACAUCUGGUGCUGGCGGCCCCACUCCGCGUUCUUGUCCUGCUCUGGGCCACAUUUGUUGGUUUUUCUAGAGUUCUCCUCGGACGCCAUCACGUGACGGAUGUCGCCUUUGGUUUCUUCAUGGGCUACUGGCAAUAUAAUUUGGUUGAGAUGCUCUGGUUGUCUCCAGUCAUGUUGCAAAGUAUGAUGGGACGGCUUCACAGAGAAGUUAAGACUGAAAUCCCCAUUGUUUGGAGGAUCUAGACGCAUUCGGUUGCUGGUAAUAAUUCCAUUAAGUCUGUCAAAUUGCUUUAUGUGUGUUUUUCACGUUUUCGGUGUCUUAACUUGAAUGUAAAAUCUCUCAUAUCUUCUGCCUGUAAUAUCCAAGGUUUUAGGUUCACAUUUGAUCACAUUGAACAGAUAAAUGAGUUUAAGAUGAAGUGAAAACAGACUUCACUACUUUUCCAUCACUUGAAGUGAAUUCUCUGCUACUUUUGUCAGUAAUCUGAGAUGUGAUAGAUUACUCCAGUUUUAAUGAAUCCGCUGCCGUCCUGUUCUGCUCUUUUGAGGAUUGGUGCAUAUCGAAAAAGGAGGACGGAUGGGAUGAUCUCUGGCUUCUAACAUCAGUGUUCUUGUUUACAGAAUAAAAUCUCACCAUUGUGGUACUACAUUGUUAUAGGACCUGAAAAACUAGGCAACCUCUUGAAGAUUAUGCUUCCAUUUUAAUAAAAAAAAUCAGCUCUUCGUGAAUGAAUAUAUAAUUGAGCAGGGGAAGAGAACAUUUCAGCACAGAUCUAAUACCUUUAGGCUAUGUUGUGUUAUCCCUGAAGGGUUCCUCAUUACACUGAUAUCUAAAGUCUUUUGUGUUUUAAGGCUCUGUUCUGAUGUCCAUGUCUCAAAAGAGUGAAAUUGUUCUUUUUCUGUGGUUUUAUUGUGAUCUUGUUAGCCACUGUUAAAUUGUAUUGCACUUUUUCAUGCAGUCUUAUUGAUCUAUGAAAUGGAAGUUUGUUGUAUUGCUUUGGUUUUAUAAAAAUUAGCUGGUUUUUCAAUAGGGUUAAAGCCACAGCUGUGAUUAUAGAGCCAUAAAUCACAUGACAUGCUGUAAAUUGUUGCCAUAUAUCGUGGGAAAACCAGUCAUAAUGACUGUUAGAUAAUAUUAAGCAGGUGUAAAUUGCACCAUGAUGGCCAUAAUUUUAAAUACAUUUCCACUCUCUCGUCACUCUCAGACUGGACCAAAAAUUUUUACUAUAUGGCCUAUAUGUCAUAGAACUAAGUGAUUACUUAUGUACAGUGGUCUUUACAUGGUGUUUGAAGGAAUAGUUCAGCCAAAAAUGAAAAUAUACUGAAAAUAUUCUCACUCUCAGGUCAUCCAAGAUGUAGAUGAGUUUGUUUCUGCAUCAGAACAGGUUUGGAGAAAUUUAGCAGUGCAUCGCUUGCUCAGCAAUGGAUCUUGUGCAGUAAAUGGGUGCCAUCAGAAUGAGUCCAAACAGUUGAUAAAAAUACAACAAUAAAAAUGAUACCAGCCCAUCAGUUAACAUCUUGUGAAGUGAAAAUUAGCAUAUUUGUAUUUCCAACAUCUUGGAUGGCCCAAUGCCAAGUUUUCAGUUUUGGGUUAAUUGUUCCUUUUAAAAAUAUUUCAAAAACUCCAUGGUGUUACCAUGUACAUGUGAAAAACAGUGUUUCCAAAGCACUUGUUAUUGACCUUGUUAGUGGAGGAAUCUUAUUGCCUCAAUUAUGUUAGUGAGAAGGGGGUUUAGGGCCUUUCUUUUCUUUCUCAUAGCUUUUACAAUAUUGAGACUAUUUUGAAAUUACAUUUGUGUCAUUCUACUCUGCCAUUUUCUUGUUUAGAUGACCAGAAAUAUAUGGACCCAAUUAUAACCAGUUUUGGCUGUUCCUUUAAGUUCCCACUGAGGACUGUCUUAAUGCUACACAUGCAAUUACAUUUUAGAGAGUUAUUGACUUCCAAUUCAAAAUCUAGAGCUUUUUAAAAUAUUUUUUCUUUGGUAUAAAAUAUAUCUCCUCUGGCAGCAUUUGCCCUCAAAAUAAUUUUGCCCUCAAAAAAAUAAGAUUCUGGUGAAGGUUCUGGGUGUUUUGACUGUUUCUAGACAGCCAUAUGUACAUUCUUCCUUUGCAAUAGUUGGGUUAUUUCUUGAAAGUGCAAUCAUUUGAUCAUUUGUGCAAUAUCAAAAUUCAAUUGACAGAUGGCAUCCAAUGAUGUUUUUUUUAAAUUGCAAUAACUUUGCAAAAGCGCUGUUUUGGUGAUGUGUUUACAAGGGACCACGUGUGUUGUGGUGGUGGUGUUUUUUUUUUCUCUCUUUCUCUUUUGGAGGAUGGAGAGGGAAAACAUUUUUAUUUGAAGUGUUUUCGAUGUACCGUCAUUUUAAAUGGCUUCAACUAUUUCAAAAUCUGACAUUUGAUCUUCGUGUGGUUUGCAAUGCCAAUUUACAUUUACCAAAGUCAAAAUGACAAGGGAUAUUAAGAUAGUGACUGCUAUGACUGUUGGUUGUAUUUGUGAUGUAAAAUAUACUCUGCAUACAUCCAAAUAUGAUUGUAUUUUCUAAAUAAAUAUGAAAGAAUCAAUGCUUUA